CAGCAUGUGGCUGCUUUUCAAGGCAGCGGUUCUGUGCCUGACGCUGGGCUUAGGGCAAUGCACAGAAGAAGCAACACAGGUGAACACUGUCCACCCAUCUUCCCGGGCAGAGUCAUCCUAUUCAGACUGGGGCAUUGAGACCAUCCGGGACAGCUUUGAAACAGUUAACAGCUACUUUGACUCCUUCUUGGAACUGCUGGGGGGAAAAAAUGGAGUAUGUCAGUACAGAUGUCGAUAUGGGAAGGCUCCAAUGCCACGACCUCACUACAAACCACAGGAACCCAACGGCUGUAGCUCCAACUUCCUGGGGCUCAAGGUACCUGAAAGUCUAGAUUUGGGCAUCCCUGCCAUGACCAAGUGCUGUAACCAGCUGGACAUCUGUUACGACACCUGUGGGGCCAACAAAUACCGCUGUGACGCCAAGUUCCGCUGGUGCCUCCACUCCAUCUGCUCUGACCUCAAGCGCAGCCUCGGGUUUGUCUCCAAGGUGGAAGCUUGUGAAUCUGUUGCAGACACAGUGUUCAAUGCCGUCUGGACCCUGGGCUGCCGGCCCUUCAUGAACAGCCAAAGGAGUGCCUGCAUUUGCAAUGAGGAAGAACGAGAUGAAUUGUGAAAAUGAGCAGAUGCCUGGCCUCCAUGAGCCUGAUACCAAGCAUCCCCUCUGCCACUGCACUUCAGCACAGUGACUUCUAUCAGCCCUCUGGCCCAGCACAGGAUGGGGGGACCUGGCCAAGCAAUAUAC